CUUACUCUCAUCUUCCCUAAUUCAUCCAUGUCUAUCUCUCUCUCACUAGGAAAUUUCCCUCUCUCCCUUUCCCGCGAGUCGUUUAGAGAGAGAGAGAGAGAGAUAGAGAGGGGAAGACAAUCGAAGAAAAUACAACAAAAGGAAUCGGCGUAAGAUUUUGGGGCAUUAUCAGUUCUAUUCUGUGGCUCGAUCUGGAGCCAGCCGAAGCCGAGAGGAAGGGCUGAGCAAGAACACGUACUAUGGAUCAGAUAUUCAAUAAGGUUGGCUCAUACUGGUUCAACCAGAAGGCCAACAAGGAGCUCAAUUCCGUCGGCGACGAUAUCAACUCGUUGUCAGACAGUAUCGGAGGAGGGGCCAAAUGGGUUGUCAACAAAAUCAAAGGGAAAAUGCAGAAGCCAUUGCCGGAGCUGCUAAAGGAGUAUGACUUGCCAGUGGGGAUCUUUCCACGUGACGCUACCAACUAUGAGUUCGAUGAACAGACGCACAAGCUGACUGUGUUUAUUCCUCAGAUCUGUGAUGUCGGUUACAAGGACUCGUCUGUCUUGCGCUUCAAUGUCACGGUAACCGGGUAUCUCGAGAAAGGGAAGCUGUCAGAUGUUGAAGGAAUGAAGACGAAGGUGAUGAUUUGGGUUAAAGUGACUUGUAUUACAUCUGAGGGUUCAAAGGUCCACUUCACAGCUGGGAUGAAGAAAUCCAGGAGCCGGGAUGCAUAUGAGGUCCUUAGAGAUGGGAUCCGUGUGGAGAAGUUCUAAACCCCUUGAUGUGGGGGUCUUAUCUGUUGUCUAAAGUGCAUCUUUCUUAACCAUCCUUUUCAACAGACGCUUAUUUUCUUAUGUUCCUUGUGUGCUGGAAGCUACGAUAACAGGUUCUCCUGUUAUUUUAAUUCGUACAGUGAAAUUCUCUAUCUCAAUUCCUCUUGAUGUAGUCAAUGAGGUACUCAGCUUCGUUUGUAAGUUGUAAGAACGUUGUUCCGAAGCUCAACCUGAUCUGCAAUCUACUCGAACUAGUA